GUUAAACCAUGAACGCAAAUCCUUGGUGAAGAGGGUAAGCCAUUAUCGACCUUUGUUUCCCUGAGGUUCUGAGACUCUUAGAGCUAGAAAAGGCCGUCGUUGUGCAUCAGAAUCACCCAGAGGGCUUGUUCCAUGCAGACUGCUGGCCCCGCUUCUGGAGUUUCUGAUUCGAAUUUUACUGUUCAGAAAUUGAUCACAGACCCCCCACAGGAUCGCAAGAAUUGCACCACUGAAGCAGAGCUGCUGUCAGGCCUUGGGAACUGAGACUAUAUCUCAUCCAUCUUGGCAUCCUGAGAACAGAGCAUGAUUCUGCUCUGUUUGAUGGUGAUGGAACGUGGAGGAUAUUCCUCCAGAACCUAGCACGUAGCGUAGCACCUGGCACAUAGCAGGAAUGCAAACAAAAUGUAUUACAUGAGUGGAAAACAUUUUAAUUUGAUAUCACUGCCUUCUGACAAACUUUUUCCCCAAGGUAUUGUCAUUUUCAUUUUACAGAUGAAGAAACCUUAACAAACACAAGUAAUCUGAUUUUGGCAAUGUUUUACAUGGAAGUUAUUUUGGUGAGCCUCUGGGGACAGAAAGCCAUAUUUGAUUUUACCAUUGGCUGUAUGUAAACACAACAAUAUUUUGUAUGGUGCCACUGUGGCUGUGGUUUUUGGGAAAAAAUGAGGUCUGGGAUUUUCCAUCCCCAGAAAAUGAGUGCUGACGAGUUCUCUAGUAUAGUUUCUUUUUCUAGUUUCAUACCAGACUGUUAGACAAAAAGGAAUCCCCCUGUUCCACCUUACCUGUGAAAUUAGGCCAGAUCUCAUGGUAAGCCUCACUUCCUCUGGGAAGCCUUCGCUGAUCACCCCCAGCAUGGGUUGGAUCCCCGUAGGACCUGUCUCCCCCACUAUCACCUUGGCAAUGCGAUUGCCUGCUGAUUCACUUGCAUCCCCCCCAGAUAGACCUCCCACCCCCACCCAGGGAUGUAUCUCGUUCCACUGUAUCUCCAGCCCCUAGCACCGUGUCUGGCACACAGUAGGUGCUCAAUAUAUGUUUGUUGAAUGAAUGAAGGCUCUGCCUUCUCCCAAAUCUCCUCUAUUCAAGAGUUGUGUUACAGGGGCUGCUGGUCUGAUGGCCCUUUCUGAAUAUGCUUGUCCUAGGCCCCAGACUCUGCUGGUCACUGCCUCCAGCCGAUGACAGGAAAACACAUCAAGUCUGUGUCUGCCCCCUCCAUCCUUUCCUGUCCCCAGAGGCACAUGUGCCCAUAGUAUGUUGGAGUCAGCAACCCAUUUGCCCUCUCUGCUCAGCCAAUCAGAACAAUAAUAACCAUAUCUGUUGACUGCUUAUGAAAAUGCCAGUGCUCUACAUCAAUUAUUUGUAAUCUUCAUAACACUUCCACAAAGGGAAUAUUAUUACUCCUAUAGAUAAGGAAACUGAGACUCAAAGAGAGCUCAACAAUUUGCUGAGGUCACACAGCAAAGAUGUAUUGAAUGAAGGAAGGAAUGAACAAACAAGUGUCUUACUGAUUCUGGUGCUUUGCUGUUUUUCUCUUUUGUUCCUCAUAAACACUGGGGAUAGCUUGAUGGAGCAAAAGGACCCAAUUGGCUUUGGGGAUUCCUGAGCCAAGAGAGCAGAGAAUAGGGAGGAGGUGACCCCAGUAGAGAACAGCUCCAAGCAACCCCGAGUUACUCAGUAACCCAAACCCUGGUCCCCGUGGACAGCCUGGCCAGGCUGGGCCAGGGCAAGCAGCAGACGCCAGUUCCCCUUGGCCACCCUCAAGUGCCCAGCUGGUCACAGCUGGAAACUGGAGAUGGAAGGUCAAAGAUUGGGCAGACCCCAGGCCGGGCAGGAUGGGAGCUGGUGACAAAGUUUGGGCCCUGAGAGGAGGUCAGGGGUGGAGGAAGGGGUGAGAAGUGAAGCCCCCCCAUUCCAUCAGAGUUUUCAGGGCCAGAGAAGGCAGGAGGAAGGGCCAGGGGCCCUGACAGCACUUGGCAAUCCAAAAGAAAACCAUGGACUGAGAUUCUCCAUAGUGGGUGGUGGGCCAGGGGAGCCCUCACAGGUGUAGGCCUGCCAGGAGAGCCCUCAGAAGGGGCGGGUGGGCCAGGGGGACCCUCAAAAGGGGAGGACUGUCAGGGUUUUGCUCUCUGUUGGACCAGGGGUGAUACCAGAUGGUACCCAUUAGUUGUUAAAAUACCAAGAUCCAGGGCUUCCCUGGUGGCGCAGUGGUUGAGAGUCCGCCUGCUGAUGCAGGGGACACGGGUUCGUGCCCCCGUCUGGGAAGAUCCCACAUGCCGCGGAGCGGCUGGGCCCGUGAGCCAUGGCCGCUGGGCCUGCGCAUCCGGAGCCUGUGCUCUGCAACGGGAGAGGCCACAACACUGAGAGGCCCGCGUACCGCAAAAAAACAAAACAAAACAAGAUCCUCCUAUAAAGAUGGUACUUAGCAGUUCCCCAAAGGUCUCCAAGUAUGCCCUCAAGAGGUUGGCCCAGCUAUCCUGGCCCUUCUAGGAGGCUCCCUCUAGACCUCCCACAAUCCAACAAAUAAAGGGUUGACACCUGCCAGGUCUGGAGGCAUCCAGGACCCAACCAUGUUACACGUGUGGCUAGAACCUCAGGUCACAGCCUCAGGACCUGGCUUAGCGUUGACGCUAAGUGAAUAUUCGUUGAAUGAAUGAAUGAGCAACAGAGGAGAGGGAAAAUCAAAGAUUCAGAGGAAUUCAGAGAGACUAAGAGAGACAACAGGUGAAUAGAGAUGGAGGAGGCUGGCAUCAGGGUGGAGGCUCCCAGAAGAUGCUGGGAAGGCCCAGCUCACUCCUUCUUUCUCUCUCGCGUUCUGCUGCUUUUGAAGACUCUUCCCCUUAAGGGCCUGUCCAGUCCCUGCCUGUGCAACCCAGGGCAGCCCCUGCUCCCAAACAGGGCUCAGGAAGCAGGCUGAACUUUUGGGGCAGAAGGCUGGACCUGGGAGGAUAACCCAGAUGCUGAAUUAUCUGAGAAUCAUUAUCCAAAGGCUGCUGACCAGACAUCUUCUCCUCCCCCCCGCCCCACGCCACCACCUGCAGAGGAGCUAGAAAACAGCCAUCUUGCUGACCAAGAAGUGAGAGAGAGUCUCAGGGUCAGGGGCCACCGAAGGCCAGAGAGGCUGCUCAGCCUGGUAGAGCAGUGCUAUCAGAGGCAGCUACCACCCUCCCAUGCCUGCCUGGCUGGGCACCUAGAAUCCAACUGUACCCCAGAGCCCAUGCUGGGCCAGAGGAUCAGGACCCUGAGGGGAGGUAGGGAGGAGGUGAACUGGGGAGAGGGCAGAAGGGGAAGCAAGGAGGAGGGUCAGGGACCCCUGUCACUCCUGUCCCUUCCAAUUCUUGAGAAGGGGCAACCCCCAUUCCUAGGAGGAGCCCUACCCUGCAUCAGAUCUGGGCAGUGGCUGGUCCCUGUGGGCCUAGGCCACAUCCCCUAAGAAUGGCAGCUCUUCCUUCAGGCCGAGGUCUGAGACAUCUUUGCAAAUACCCACAAGUCCCUCCCACACAACAACCCCUUCAGACAGCUGGGGUUAGGCUACGGGCAUUGUAGACAGAGGGCCUUCCCCACCACCAGCCCCACUGGCCUUCACGUUUUCCUCUUUGAAGCCCCUUGUGGCCUCUGGGAGUCAGAACCAAUAAUGUGAGGGUCCUCCAUCUGUUUAGAGGUCUCCAGGGGCCCGGCACCCACUGGGUAGAGGCCACGUACCUCUGCCUGCUGAUACCCACCCCUGGCCUCAGUUCCUGAGCACCGUGAACGUGUGCACGGUUUCUGCUUAUGUGGGUCCCCUUCUUGAAACAUCUCCUCUUCUUUCUUUCUUCACUUACUCAGUUUCUAGGUUGGCCUUCCAGGCUGCCUUCAGACACCACCUCCCGGGAAGCAAUUCUCCAUCUUUGUCCCCUCCCUCAUCCCCACUCCUGUGGGUUCUGCAGCCUCUCCUCUAGGCCCCCAGAGCCUCUGUGAUUCCCAGGGUCACACAUUUACCCCAGUGGUAAUUUAGUUCUCUCCUAAGUGUCUCUCUCCCAACUGGACAUUGGCUCCUGGAGGGAGGGGUCAUCUGGUUCAUCUCUGAAGCCUGGUUCACAGUAAGUGCUCAAUUAACAGCUGCCUCCUCGUUGUCUAUUUACCAGGACCCCAGCAGAUGCAAAUCUUGCUUGUGUAACAAGGGUCUCUUGACUCUUAACUGAGAAGACCCUCCUGCCAUCUAGCUUCCCUUCUUUCCAGCUGCUGGGGCAGCCCAGACCCUCUCAUAUCCACACUGGACGUGCAGGGAACCCAAGUGUCAGUUGGCCCCUGCCCAGCCUGCUCGCAGGUCCAGCCUUCUGACCUACAAGUAUGGUGGGAUGCAGACGCGGGUGAGGAGGCUGAGGCUUGGGAGUGGGGUAAGGAACUCAACUGUUGAGGCUCAGACCUCCCCGGCCAGGUUAAUCAUCAAUGCCUAGAGAGCCGGCUGUUCUUUAUCUCCGUUCCCUAUCGCCUUUUCAGUUGGGCAAAAGAUUGAGUAAUCCCUCUCCUCUCUCUUGUAUUAACCCUGGAGGGGUUCGGCCAGGGAAGUCUGAGCCUAUAAGGCCGCUUAUUCUUUGGGAAACACUCUCUAACAGCAUGUUUGAGGGGGCCGGUGCCCUCCCUUCUUCCUCUCCCCCACCGCCCCCUGCGGUCCCGCAGCUGCGCCCCAGCAGGCAGAACAUAGGGCGCCUCUCUAGGGUCAUUUUCAAGGACCUGUCCCAACCGGAACGGUGCCAGGGUCAGCUGGCCCAAAGGAAAGAGGACUUGGGGGUACAAACGCCCCAUCGCCUUCCACUCCUUGCCCCACCUCAGGCCUGGGACGCCGCCCACCCUUCCCCGCCUCCCGGGCUGGAGCCAGGAGCUGCGGGCAGGUAAGCCACCUUGUGGGCGGGGCCUGGCUCCAGUGGGCGGGGUCUGGCUCGAGUGAAACCUACCCGGCCCGCCCGGUGAGUGUCUCCCAGAGCCGCGCGCCAGGAGCCCUAGCCGGAGACGGAGACUCGCAGCCUCUAUCCCAUGGCCGGGUCUCCCCGCCGCACCGCGGGCCGGCGACUGCAGCUGCCCCUGCUGUGCCUCCUCCUCCAGGGCGCCACCGCCAUCCUCUUUGCGGUCUUUGUCCGCUACAACCAUGAAACCGACGCUGCCCUCUGGCACUGGCACAACCACAGUAACGCGGACAAUGAAUUUUACUUUCGCUACCCAAGCUUCCAGGAUGUACACACCAUGAUCUUCGUGGGCUUCGGCUUCCUCAUGGUCUUCCUGCAGCGCUACGGCUUCAGCAGCGUGGGCUUCACCUUCCUCUCGGCCGCCUUUGCCCUGCAGUGGUCCACACUCGUCCAGGGGUUCUUCCACUCCUUCCACCAUGGCCACAUCCAUGUAGGCGUAGAGAGGGCUGCCCUCACUUGCAACCCCCUCUCACCCUCCCCAUCCCAACCCCCCAGCAUGAUCAAUGCUGACUUCUGCGCUGGGGCUGUGCUCAUCUCCUUUGGUGCCAUACUGGGCAAGACUGGGCCGGCUCAGCUUCUGCUCAUGGCCCUGCUGGAGGUGGUGCUGUUUGGCCUCAACGAGUUUGUGCUCCUUAGUCUCCUCAGGGUGAAGGAUGCAGGAGGCUCCAUGACUAUUCACGCUUUUGGUGCCUACUUCGGGCUGGUCCUCUCCAGAGUCCUCUAUAGACCCCAGCUGGAGAAGAGCAAGCAUCGCCAGGGCUCCGUCUACCAUUCGGACCUCUUUGCCAUGAUUGGGACCAUCUUCCUAUGGAUCUUCUGGCCUAGUUUCAACUCUGCACCCACUGCGCUGGGGGAUGGGCAGCAUCGGUCGGCUCUCAACACGUACUACUCCUUGACUGCCAGCACCCUCAGCACCUUCGCCUUGUCAGCCCUUGUUGGGAGGGAUGGGCGGCUGGACAUGGUCCACAUCCAGAAUGCCGCACUGGCCGGAGGGGUUGUGGUGGGGACAUCGGCUGAAAUGAUGCUGACACCCUUUGGGGCUCUGGUAGCUGGCUUCCUGGCUGGGACCGUCUCCACACUGGGGUACAAGUUCUUCACGCCCACCCUUGAGUCAAAACUCAAAGUCCAAGACACGUGCGGUGUCCACAACCUCCACGGGAUGCCUGGGGUCCUGGGAGCGCUCUUGGGGGUCCUUGUGGCUGGGCUGGCCACCCAUGAAGCUUACGGAGAUGGCCUUGAGAGCGUGUUUCCACUCCUAGCCAAGGGGCAGCGCAGCGCGACGUCUCAGGCCAUGCACCAGCUCUUCGGACUGUUUGUCACACUGAUAUUUGCCUCUGUGGGUGGGAGCCUCGGAGGGCUCCUGCUGCGGCUGCCCUUCUUGGACUCCCCGCCAGACUCCCAGUGCUACGAGGACCAGGUUUACUGGGAGGACAUUUGCAGGUUGUCCCCAGAAGAGGUUGGACCAGAGAUGCCUGCUCUGAAGGGGGCCCUCUCUCUCUCUCUGGCCUGGAUUUCUGGAGCUCUCUGGGCCUGCUCUGGAUGGUCUUUGGAAGGUCCCUGGGCAGGACCCAAGCAGACCCAUCCUGGCUCUGAGGCUGAGAGAGGAAGUGGGCUUUGUUGUGCUGGGGCAUCGGCUGGAUUCUUAAGUUCGCUUUUCCCACCCUGCUCGUCUUGGCAGGGGAGCCCUCAGCUGGAGAAGAUGCCCCCCCCCACCCUAGUGUCCCCUCCUCCCCAGCUCAGCACCAUCCAUCUCCGUCUCCCCAGAGCGAGGAAUGUGGCUCCGGGACACUGCGGGGCUUGUUCCCAAUCCCCUUCUAGCUCAUUUCACUUGGGCUUUUACAGGCGCGCCUUCAUCCCACAGGCUGCUGUCUGGGUUCUGGCUCUGACGGCGCAGACAGAGAUCUCCCCUCCUCCCUGCAAUUCCUCACGCUUCAUUUUGUCCCAACACCAUCUGAGGAGGCUACGCCGUGGGGGGUCAAGGAGCCCUGGUGUGGGAGCCGGUGGGGGCAGUGUCCCCCUUCUUCCCAGCCCUCCAGCCACUCAGCUGGCCUCUGCUGGACCCUACAGCUGCACGGUAUCUGCAAGCUAUGCACAGGGUCUGCAAGCCAUCCAUCCCCUCACUAGCAUUCCUGUCUGCGCCCCGCAAGCCUCGAUUAUUGGUGGAAUUAGUACCGGGCUUCUUGUUGGCAGUUGCUAAUUAAGACCAUUUUUAAACGUGGUUAUUAAUGCUGCAGAGGGCUGUAGCCGCCGGCAUCUAUCACCCGCACCACUGGCGAGGUGCUGGCUCAGGAUGGCUCCCGCCUGCCUCCAUGUUGCCCCACCAGGCUUCAGGUCUUCGAGGCAAGGGUUGGUGGGUACAGAAGUUCGGAGGGGGUUUAACUGAGCCUUCCAGAGAAAUGGAGGGGCCGCCUUCACUCCAGGGUGCCCCCAAACUGGAACCGUGAGUGUGUGUGUUGGUUGGGGGGGGCACUGUGUGAGCCACGUGCUGCCAGUAUCUUUCUUCCCCAGAAUGUUCAGGGCUGCGUCAGGAUGGAGCUCAUGAAGACUCUAGGGAGAGCUUGGGCCAUCCCCUAACGUGCCCCUCUGCUCUCCAGCAACCCAAAUACCGGCUCUGCCUUGAGCCAGGUGAGGGGGACCAUUUCAGUGAGACCCUCCAUAUAAAAGGGGGUGAUGCAACCGAGUGGAGCACUUACCUCACAGUUUGUGGGUACCUACCAGGUGCCAGGCCUUAGGGAUCCUCUCAUAAAUAAAUCACCCUUCCAGGGCACUGUCCCAAAUCCCUCCAGACUGGCUGAGGUCUGCCUCCUCUGUAGACCCCCUCACCCCCUUUCACGCUUCAGCUAGCCUCGCAGUGUGUUGUAACGAGCUAUUCAUUUUUACCUGCUCACCCCCACUGGACCACGCCUUGCUCAAGGACAGCGGCUGCAUGUUGCUUACUGCAAACAGUAAAAGUCUUUGUUGAUUCAGC